UCUCGAUGCGCAUAAACUCGGUAAGGGCUCGUGAAAGAUCGAUAAGGGUACGCAACGGAAGGGAAAGAAAUAAGAGGAAGGGGAGCGUACCAUAUAGGAGAACGCGAUGGGGCCCUUCUUCGCGAAGGGACACCGGACCCGUAGUACGGGCGCGACAACCCCUCUACGUUCUGUGCGCACGCAAACACGGAGGAAAAUAAGGCGCGCCGAGAGACCGCCCUUCGCGCAUCUGCUCUUAAGGGAAUCCACGUCCGGCAGUUUAUCGAAGGCAACGCUCGAGCACGGAUCGGACGUCGAAGUAGAAAACGAAGGAAAAAAGUUUUUAUUUUUAUAACCUGUAUAUCAUAGGGACUUUUUAGUAAAUCAUAGCGAUCUUGUAAAAUGUGUAAAAAAGAAUGUUUGACCGUGGACGUGGAAAUCUCGCCGAUUCGAAGCGUGAAUUUUUCCUUGGAAACUUGGAGAUCGCCCUCUUACGUGAGCACGGUUCUUCUGAUACUCAUUAACCGAUCCUGAAGAAUUCUAUCCUGUGUGUAGUUUAGUGAACAACAAAGAUAUAUUUCGAGGACUUUUCAAGGGAGAAAUAGAGAAGAUAAUAAGGAGCAGAAUAAAAGCGUAAAAAAAGAACGAAAGGGAGAGAAACGGAGAAAUAACGAUGGCACAAAUGUCCGAGCCGGCACCCGUGCAUUGCUAUACGAAUCCAUCGUUUUGUCGCCAAUCCGAAUACAUCCCGGACGACAGAGAGAACCUACCACCUCCGCCACAAUUUCAAAGUACCGACGAAUUACCACCGCCGCCGCCGCCUUUGCAAAUGCAUUUACAGUGCGGCCAAAGCAAUCCCGCGUUUCAGGCUAACGCCGAAAUACGAAUCGAGAGGCAAAUCGAGACGCGAGAGGCCAGAGAGCACAGGCGAUAUUGUUAUUUGAAUGAGAAUAGAGAUCCGGUGCACAAGAGGUAUGCCAGUUUGCCGAUCGAAGAUCGUAACGUAAUCGGGUAUGGACAAUCUUCGAGAUACGAGUACAUUCAGGAGGAGCAAAGAGGUCACGUGCAGAGAAGGCCUUCCAUCAGGUACGAGUUCAUUCCGCGCCAGCAGGUGCAACGGCAACGUUCCGCGCCGCCGCUCAACCAAGACGAUGGGCGACGGGGCCUGCCACGGAUACAGACGAACCAGAACAAUGGCGGAAGAUACGCGAUCGUACCGGGUGAACUCGAUUAUCCGGACGACGAUGAUGACGACGACGACGACGACGACGACGACGACGACGACGACGACGACAACAACGACAACAACAAUGACAACAACGACGUCACGAGAAGUGCUUCGAUCGGUAGACGAAUUUCACCGGUACGACGCGGUAGCGUAAACACGCUUCAGGGUCGUUACGCGAGAGUACCUCUGCAAGACGAGGACCCUCCAGCCCUCCCGGAAAGGAAUCUUCAACAGGAAUACCCGACGUCGCCGAGGAAUAAUCUGGCGACGAAAAGACUUCACGAGAUAUUGACGACUCCACGGAAGCCAAGGUCUAGAUCGGAGGAACGAACCCUAUCGCCUAAGAGGCAACAGAGCGUGAAUCAAACCGGUACGCCACAAAGGAGAGCUCUCACCCCAGUUGGAUCACCAAGCGGUCGUACCUUUAGCCCGACCACUCGUACGACUCCCCAAGGAACUCCGCAAAAUCGAGCAUUUCCAACGAAUGGCCCCCAAACCUCGACACCGAACAAAGAACCUUCGGCAAGGAGGUGUUUACCCCUCGUUGAAAAUUCAUCCCGACAACGGGACGUAUGUCCAGCCAGUAAUUGCGGCAAACUUCGUUACGUUGGUACGGCUCCGGUCGAUCUUGCGUCGAUGGUUUACGGAGAGCCACCGCCUCGUUAUGGAUAUCUCGAAAAUGGUCCGGAAUCUAUGCCAAUGGUGUCCGGUUCUCCGAGGUAUCAGGUACUUCCGGCCGAUCAAAAGAGGAGCGGCUAUCAGAGCGUGGAGAGCGCGUUUAUCGCGAGGACCGCCGUAGUACCACCGUUAUCUCCGCCACAUAGCGAGGUUAACACGACACUGGUAAGCGCAUUGGAGAAAAAUGAUCGUAGAAAUGCCCCGCUCUUGCUCGUAUUGGUAGGCGUUUUAACCUGCGGCCUUGCUAUUUACCUAUCUUGGACGCAAGGAAGAAGAUAUUACUUCGACAGUGCCGUCGGUUGCGGUGCCUGUUGCGCUCUAGCAGGAGCUUGCAGAAGUUUAAGAAGAACUUGGACAGGGCUGGGUCUCGCGGGACUCUCAGCACUGAGCUGCGCCGGACUCUUGUUACUCGCUGCGAAAUCGCCUAGACCAGGAACUCCUCUUCACGACGUCACAGCCGGUGCUUUGUGCGGAGUUUCGCUUUUAGGUGCCAGCCUCGCGCUCCUUGCCGUGUUAACGCCAAAGUGUAACUUGGGUAGACACAGAAGAGUGCACUCUUGGAUCCCUCGGCUGUCAUCUUGAGUCAUUUAACAAAUUUUCAUGAACUCUCGUCAAUAUAUUGAAUUGGAUUCGUUCAGGGCGGACGACAUACUCAUUUUCGGAUCGUCGCUGCGAUUAGAAAUAACACAACGUAUCUUAGUCCAGCCGACAAGCAUGGAGUAUACGUUGGAAAGUAUUUUCGUAUUUACGAACGACAACGGUUAAAUCGUUUACUCUUAAGCAGCGAUACGUCAAAAGUUCAUUGAAGAAGACAAAAUCGAUUUUACGAUGUGCGUGUACGUGCGUGCGAAAAGUAGGUAUAAGAAGACUCGUAUCAUCCAAUUCCUAUGACCCAAGUGGCCUUGUACUUUCCGUAGAUUGUAAGAAUCGACAGUCUAAUAAAAUUUCUACGUUCGUCACCAA